CGUGCAGCAGCAGCAGCAGCAGCAGCACUUCGUGUUCAGCAGCAUCUUUCUGCAGAUCUGCGCUCUUUACUUUCUGACUCUCCUCCUCCAAACAAAAGCACUCAGAGCAUCGGAAACAGAUCAGAGCUCUAAGCUUCUCGUUUCGCCGUGAGAUCAUUUCAUACAUCAGAGGUGUUUGUUUUGUUUCUUUUUUUUUUAUUUCUCCGUCGUCGGAGGGUUUAUUUUGAAACCACUCCAGACCUCAAACAACCGGACUUCUCUCUCUGACUCCACACCUCAACAAGGAAAAUGGGGAAACAGAACAGCAAGCUGACCCCUGAAGUGAUGGAGGACCUGGUGAAGAACACAGAGUUCAACGAGCACGAGCUGAAGCAGUGGUACAAGGGAUUCCUGAAGGACUGCCCCACCGGCCGACUAAACCUGGAUGAGUUCCAGCAGCUCUAUGUCAAGUUCUUCCCUUACGGCGAUGCAUCUAAGUUUGCCCAACAUGCCUUCAGGACCUUCGACAAGAACGGUGACGGCACCAUCGACUUCAGAGAGUUCAUCUGCGCCUUGUCCAUCACAUCACGGGGCAGCUUCGAGCAGAAGCUCAACUGGGCCUUCAACAUGUAUGACCUGGACGGAGACGGCAAAAUAACGCGGGUGGAGAUGCUGGAGAUCAUUGAGGCAAUCUACAAGAUGGUUGGCACGGUGAUCAUGAUGAAAAUGAACGAGGACGGCCUGACGCCCGAGCAGAGGGUGGACAAGAUCUUCUCCAAGAUGGAUAAGAACAACGACGACCAGAUCACGCUGGAGGAGUUCAAAGAGGCGGCCAAGAGCGACCCGUCCAUCGUAUUACUGCUGCAGUGCGACCUCCAGAAAUAGGCCGGGACGCAGCAGAGAGCGCUCCACCAGCCGCCACGGACUGCACAGAAAGAAUUUCAUGUUCCAUUCAGUUUGCAGCUAUUUCCACUGAAAAAAAAGAUAAUAAUAAUAUAUGCUUGGACUACCUUUCAAUGGAUCUGCUUCUUGUGUUUGAAACACUCGUGUGCAUGAGAAUGUUAUUUGCUAUAAAAACAUCUACACACGGUAUUCAGCAGUGUGCGGGGGGGCACACUCAACGCCACACAUCCAACACCUGCAAACACACACAACUCUACAUAUAAACAACUUACACAAUCAAUACAUAUAUAUGAAGAAAUAUAAAUAUGAAGAUAUAUAUAUUAAAAUUAUUUAUAGACCAACUGCCAAAAUGUGAAGUGUGCAAAGUACUUUCCUUUCAGUUUACCUCUACUGAAGCUUGCGCAUCAGUGAUGUGCUAACGUUAAACUUGCCGCUACUCUAUUUAUUGUUCCGAUGCUAGCUGUGUGUGUUUUCACGAUACCGUCAAAGCGAACCAAAUUCCUACAACCAUGUACCGUCCUUCGUAAAAAAACUCCACCCGUCUUUUCUUAUAUUAGCUCUAAGCGGGGUGGAUUAGCGUCCGCUCCACUUCUCCCGCAGAAACGAGCCUGUUCUGUCCGUAAAUACGAUGUUAUUCAUUUGCAUGCCUUUAGGUUCUGCCUUAAAAGUCUCGUUUCCUUUCGGUGAUUGAAGACAGAAAGCCUUACAACGCAGUGACUCUGGAGGGAAAGCGUUUUCUCUGAGCGGAGGGAAGAUGAAGCAGCCUUAUACGGGGCUGUGAGCUUUGCGAUGGGUUGAGACGCUUUCCUUGGAUUGCUUUACCUGUGGGAGCAUGUUUCUGUGUAGAUUAGCUGUGCUGUAUGUUGAACUGAAUCCCCCGCCCGACGCAUUUCAAACGCGCUAUUUCAUUUCUAGUUGGCUGAAGCAGUGAUGAAGACAGCGCCAUUUUGGAAGAACCAUAAAGAGUGCUACAUUUGCAGAUCUUUGAGGCAAACUCCAUGAAAGAAAGUGAUUUUAAAUGGAUGAGCUGAAGAUAAAUAGGGAAAAACACAGUAAUUCAUAAAGAGCAUUUUUUUUAUCAGGAUUUUCAUUAUGGUUGCAUAUCUUUGAAAUAAAUUUGGAGUGUUUGAGUGUGGAAGUUACCCAGAGAUGAGGUUUCUGUGAUGAGAUUAGCAGUAGGUGUCAUUCCAUCACAUGCUGUUAGCCCUUAAGGUAAAACCUGGCAUUUAGUAGGUUUAUACAAUUUGCCCUCCUCAGUCCCUCCAUGUUUCUUUUACCAGUCAGUCCGAUUUUUGUACGUUUUGUUUUACUCCCUUUAGUUUCACUUUUCACAAAAUAAAAAAACUUAAUUGAUGUUGUACCGCCUAAAAAAGAUGUGAAUAUCUGCCCUCCAAUGUAUUCCACACUUUAAUUCUAGGGUCAACAGAAGAAUGAAAGAGAUUUGGCGAAAAGUGCAGCAAAAAUUUUAAAAAAGUUGGUCCAGCGUCAUUUCAGCAGUUGGGAUUAUCUCCUGUAAAAUGACCACUCUAAAACUUUACAUUAACACCUUCGGCUUCAUGAUUCUAACCACAACCCUGUGUCUGCUGUAAUGAUACCAAACGGGAGAAAUGUCAAAAGUGUAAAAAGAUUUUUUGUAACAUGUAUUGUGUCCCUGACGACAUGGCUGCACUACUCCCUGUGUUGUGAUUUACUCUAAUAAAAUAAACUCUAUGGGC